AUGCCACCAAAAGGGAAAAAAGCGAAGUCCGAAAAAAAGAAAAAAGAAAAAGAAGAAAUUCUUCGUCCAUCUGAAAAAGAAUCUAUACUCCAAGCAGAACUCGAUAAGAAAGUAGAAGAAUUAGCUGAUAUAAAAUUGCGUGUUCGCACCGCUCAACAAGAAAAUAAUUGGCUCAAUGAAGAAGCAAAUAAAGUUCGUGCGGAAACAGCUGAAUACGUGCAAUAUAUGUCGAAAAAGACAAAUAUUCGCCAAGCACAAAUUGUGACAUUAACUGAUUAUCAUCGACAAGAAAUAGAAGAAAUUAAUCAAGAUAAAGAAAAUAUGUUGAAAGAAUAUGAAAAAAAGAAAGAAGAAUUAAGAUCUCAAUUAUUGAAAAAGGAACAAAUAUUAGCACAAACAAAGCGUGAAUUGGAAACAAUGGAGGAAUAUAAAAAUAUUCAAGAACAACAAAAUAGUCAAAUAAAACGUUUACAAGAAGAAAUUAAUCGUAUGCGUGCUGAACAUGUACGCGAAAUAUCUAAUAUGAGAUUAACCUUUCAAAAAGAACUUCAACGGCAACGUUCAGAAGAAGACUCUAAAGUUCAAGAAAUUCGACGACAAGCUGAUCAAGAAGCUGAACAAUUUCUUUAUGAUCGAACUUUAAGUAUUCAAAGUGAAAAUCUUGAAUUACGAAAAUCAUUGCAAGGUAUACUGAAACGAAUACAGGCAUUAAAUGAAUCGAAUCAAAGUUUAGAAGAAGAACAAAUUAUUUUGAUUCGACAACUUAAAUUAGCUGCUGAUCUAAAACGCAUACGUUUAAAUAAAGUUGUGUUACCUAUUGGUUUGAAUUCAAUGAAAUCAAGUCCUCAUUAA